AUGGCGGUGGCGGGUCCCCUGAAGGAGCUCUGUGAGGAAGCCACUUGCUCCAUCUGCCUGGACUUUUUCUGGGAUCCGGUGACCAUUGUCCAGUGCGGCCACAACUUCUGCCGAGCCUGCCUGACCCGGUCCUGGCGGGAGUCUGGGGCCUGCCCCCAAUGCGGAAAAAAAGCUCAGAAGAAGAAACUCCGGCCUAACAGACAGCUGGUCAACUUUGUAGAAAUAGCCAAGAAUCUUUGGGCAGUCGUGGCAGCCAGAAAAGGGGGAGUUUGCUGGAAGCACCAGGAGCCGCUGAAGCUCUUCUGCAAAGACGACGAAGCCCUCAUCUGUGUGGUCUGCGACCGAUCCAAGGACCACAGAGCUCACGAAACCCUUCCUCUUGCGGAGGCCUCCGAAGAGUACAAGGAUCAGUUCUGCAGCUGUCUGGAGAGUCUGAAGAGAAAGAGAGAAAGCAUUGUGGCAUAUAGAGAAGAUGUGGAGAAGGAAAGCCAAGACCUGCUUAAGCAAACCACAGGAGAGAAGCAAAAGACAUUAGCCAAGUUCAGGCAACUGCACACAUUUCUGGAGGAACAAGAGAAACGUUUGCUGGCCCAGAUGGAAGAGGUGGAGAAGGAGGUGGCAAGGAACAGGGACCAGCACCUGGUCAGACUCUCUGAGGAACUCUCCUCUCUGGAAAGCCUCAUCCAGGAGAUGGAGGAGAAGUGUCAGCAGCCAGCCAGUGAUCUCCUGCAGGAUAUCCGAAGCACCUUGCAGAGGUACAAAGAGAAGGAGAGGUUUGAGAAUCCAGUGACUUUUCCUCUUGCGUUGAAGUGGAGGAUCUGGGACUUCUGUGACAUCAAUCACUUGCUGGAAGGUGUCAUGAAGCAGCUGGAAGACAAUCUGAAUUCUGGACUUCACCUGCAAAAAGCAAAUGUGAUUCUGGAUCUGGACACGGCCCAUCCUGAACUCAUCCUCUCUGAGGAUCAGAAAACUGUGCGAGUAGGGGAAAAGGCUCAAGCUGUGCCCGACAAUCCUGAGAGAUUUGCUGAAUAUUCCUAUGUCCUGGGCCUUGAGGGAUUCACAGCAGGUCGCCAUUUCUGGGAAAUCCUUGUGGGAAGUGUGGAAGAAUGGGUUGUGGGGAUUGCCAGAAAAUCUGUGAGGAGGAAGGGAGAUGUCACCUUUAAUCCUAAAGAAGGGUUCUGGGAGAUGGGAAAAUAUGAGGGUGGCUACUGGGCUUCAAUAGAAGACGGUCACCUGACCAUGAGUGGGGAGCUCAAGAGGAUCCGGGUGUGCCUGAACUACCUUGGGGGGCGAGUGGCCUUUUUCGAUGCUGACCGAGCAGCCCUUCUCUACGAGUUCUCUGGAGCCUCCUUCUCUGGAGAGACCCUCCUGCCCUCCUUUUGGGUGCGUUUAGGAGGCCACCUCCAACUCUGUUGA